AUGCUGCCAGCUCAUGUUGCUGCAGCCUACCCUUUUCCACCAAGGUAUGCCACAAGUGAAGGCGGAUUUCACCUCCACAAAAAUGGAAUUGCCUUUUUUGAGCACAUCCUCAAGACGUAUGCAAAUGGCGAGCAGUGCAGUCUUUUCCUGGUUCGUGCUAUGGCAAAUAGAUAUCUGGAAAAGGCAAGAACUUACCUGAGUCAGAAGCCAAGUCAACCUUUUCCAGACUUCUACAGCUACAUGAACAACAAGUGGCCGCCUAAUGGCGACAAUAUUCGGCGGCUCUACCAACAGGCAGAAUAUUCUUCACUGCAACCCUACAGUUAUUCAAAUGUCUUGCGCUACACUCAAGAGAUUCGGUCUGUUAGAUUUGAAAGUGGUGAUACAGCAGCCUUUGAUCACACCUUUGCCGCGACAAGGGCAUAUAGAGACAAAAAAUCGAUUGGCAUGAAGUGUUUUGCACAUUUCAACAAUGGAAGAACUGGUGAAAUUGGUGGCAUAUACGCUGUUCCAACGACAAAGUUGAGUGAUGUAUCCCAUGGAUUGACACAAGCAGCGCCUCGACUGAAGAAUGUAUCGGUACUGACAACCGACACAAUACCGCAUGGAGUUCAAUUUUGGGAUGCAACUCUUGGGGAGGGAGUCAAGUGCCGCCUUGGGCUGUUUCACUUUCUGGGCCGUAUGGUUGACACCCUUGAUUCAAAGAGUGAACAUUUCUGGCCGUGUCUUGUUCAGUUGAAAGAUUGUAUUUGCAACUACAACAAAGAUGAUUGGGCAGCACUUGUUGGGGCAGUGACCAAUGGUUUGCUUGGAGAAAAGUUGUCAAUGGACGAGCUAAGUGACAUGCGCUUUUCCAAGGUGUUCAAGCAACGGUAUGACAAGUGGUUAAGAAAGGAGUUCCAUUUGGCAGAAAAUAUCAUUGAAAAUUUGAAUGACUGGCUGAAAGCAUGGAUUGAUGUCAGUGACGAUAGCGAUCGAAAGGUCUUCACAUACAAGACAGAGGACACAACCAGAGAACAGUUUUUAAAGGUUCCAUACCUAUUGGAUCAUGAAGGUGCAGCCACCUACUGUUGA